AUGCAGCCCCCUCCGCCCAAGUUGUUCCGGUAUGAAGCUGUUUGGUCAGGGAAGCAGGAAGGUCGAGACAUAAUUGAAAGUGUAUGGCCAGCCCAUGGAGAGCAGAAUAAUCCAGUAGGUUGUUUCAAGGCGAGCCUAGAGCGUUGCAGGGAAAAACUACAGAGAUGGGCAAAAAGCAAUGCAAGAGACACAAAGAAGAAAUUAAGAACAAAUUUGCAAAAGCUUAGAUCACUGCAGGAAUCCAACCAGGGGGACUUAAAUGGAAGAAUCACUGAUGCUCAAAAACAAGUUAAUGAGCUACUCGAAGAAGAGGAACUCAACUGUUCACAACUUCAAAACCAGUUGGCAUUGAAGAAGCGAUACAGGAACUAG